UGUAGACCGAUCUGUCAUGAAAUCUUGAAACUUCUUUUUCUAAAUAAAGUUUGCGUCAUGGGAAGGUUUGCUCUAUUCCGGUCUAAUAUACGUUAGUCCAGUCCCGUCCAGUCCAGAACUCUGUUUUCAGUUUUAAUUCAGAACAAUUGCACUGUCUGUGGCCGCAGAUUAUGAAUGGGGCAUUGAUUCUUUUUUUGCUUUAGAAUUUACAUUUUAUAAUUAUCGUAUCCGACGUACCGUGAAGUCAUGAAAGAGUGACCAUAAGUGAACCACUCAAAAUGUAGUUCCAAGUGAUCCCGAUUUGGACGAUUACCUUCUUUCGUCUACAAAAGUCACGCUAUAUAUGAAGCCCGGCAUAGUAACCAUUUCCUUCGAUUCACUAUACUGCGGCACAAGUAAGCUUUGGAGCAGCAGAGGUAUUUGGCAUAUAUAGAGUUAAAACUAGAACCUAACCAAUAAGACACCAUCCAUCAGAUCAACAGACGGACGAAUAUAUUACAACGUAUUUCCGGGCGUAAUUUUAUCUGUCACAUGCAGCUUGUGUGUUGGCCGAGAAAAUGUUGCUGGAGAGAAAGCGUAAUCUGCUUACGCUCGUUGUCGGAAUAAUCACCCUAGUUGGGUUGAUUCUUCUUAUUGUUGGUAUCGUCCUCUUAGCAAAAGCCAAACGUGAAGGAUGCGAUGCAGCCGUCGCCGGUCAAAGCGGUGGUGCGAAAAGCGAUCGCUGCAGUUAUUCAGAGGAAGCGGAGCGAGCGGGUGUCGACACAUUUCUGCAGAAAGUUCAAGAUACCUACUUCGAUCUUCAUCCACAAGACUUGGUUUACAAACCUGGUGGCGUGGAACCGUCGGUGCUGAGGGCAAAAUUCAAACCUUACAACCCGGAUCCCAAGAAUUUGAAGCGAAUCACAGACUCCGCGCGAAAUCUACUUGACGAGCUGGAUGGUUUGGGUGUCAAUACACGGCGCCUCAAACCGCGCGAGAGAAAAGCCAUUGCUCAACUGAAGCAUUUCCUUCAAAACAAUUUCGGGUUGCCUUACGAUGCCGAUUAUUAUGCCGGCGAUUUUCUCAUGGGACCAAAUCUGUUUUGCUGGCAGCAGAUUUGUUACGUUGGGUCUUCCGAUGUCGAGCAAGGUUUGGGUAAUUUCUUCCCUAAGAACCUAGACGAUGUGCGUUUGUUUCUAAACAAAAUGAAGUUGGUUGCCAAGACCUUUUCGACUUAUAUCAAUAACCUGCGACUUGGUGUUAAAGCUGGAAUGGUUCGUUCAACUGAAGAAUGCUUGGCUGGAAUCAAUUCAUUCAAACGUAGUUAUUUACAGAUUUCACUUCAAGGAGAACAAGGAAUCUAUGACGAGAAAUACAUGAAACCAAUCUUCUCUGGCAAGUUUUUAGCGGGUUUAAAGUCAAACGACCUGAAAAAAUGGAAAGACGAGAACAGGAAGACUGUGAACGAAUCCAUCCGGGAAUACGCGGUAAAAUACAUUGGUAAACCUAUCCACGAUGUGAUCAGAUACCUGCAAACAGAGAACCUUGAGCAUUGUGUUCCGAGCUCAGUCUCCAGUGGCCUGGCAAAGCUUCCACUUUCUCACGUGUUUGUGAAUGGAAAGAAAACAGCAGAGACCACAAGCAAACAGCUGCCAGAUGGUGAACCACUGAACGGAAAGAAGGCAUACGAAUCGAUCAUGCCAUAUUUUACGACAAUAAGCAUAAAGCCCGACCAAGUGCACCAGCUCGGCAAGGAGAUGUUGAAAAAACUCUACCCUGAGGUAAACCUCAUUCAUUGUGAUAAAAAGUCCCAGGGAUGGGGGGAUACCCAUAUAAAAAUGACGGGGGUGAUGAGUAUGUUGGAUCCCCAGACCGUGAACAUGUUUCAUUUCUCCGGCCCUAAAUACACCACACCCAACUGUCCAGUAGAUAUGGCACCAAACUUCAACCCGUCCAGUGGAGCGCAGAGCUACCGCCGAAGUACAAAAGACUGCAGCAGGAAUUCCUAUUAUAACAUCCCGUUUUUCCUGGAGAGGCCUGGACCCAAGUAUGAGGAGUGGAGCGUGAAUGCGCAUGAAGCGAGGCCUGGGCACCACACACAGGUCCAGGGUCUUUUAGAACAUUUCCGUGACAGCUGUGGUGGUGUUAUCAGCUGGUUGGACAGUUCAACCUCUUACACGGCUUUCUCGGAAGGCUGGGCACUAUAUGCGGAGAAUCCGCUCGUUGCCCGCGACACCAAUGUCUAUGAAACAGAACCUUUUCAGAAAUACGGGAUGCUCAAGUGGCAGGUUUGGCGCGCGCUCCGCCUAAUCGUGGACACAGGUUUACAUCACAAAGGUUUCUCUCGCACUGACGCGCUCGGUUACUUUGCUGAUUACGCCUGGGACACGAGCGACACCGCACUGAAAGAAGUCACCAGAUAUCAGAGCGGCCCAGGACAGGCUACUGCCUACAUGAUUGGUCAGCUUAAAAUCAUUGAACUCAGAGAAUACGCCACAAAAGAACUUGGUGACGAUUUCGACCUGAAGGACUUUCACUUUUAUCUUUUGGCGCAAGGCUCCGCUCCGCUAAGUUAUCUGGAGGAGAGUGUCCACGAAUACGUUCGAUGUACCAAAGACAAGGAACAAGAAGGAUGCGAAGAUGUGUUGAACCCUGUAGCCCCUGAGGAAGAACGAGUCAGUGAGUUUGUAGGAGUGAUUGGCGAGGAAAGCUACCAGCCAGUGGAGAAACCUCCAAGAGAAGAUUAUAUUUAAGCGACACUUAGAGCUGCAUAGUAAUAUACUAUCACUUCUAUUUUAGUUUUAAAUUUAUCAACGUAGGACUUAAAAGCGAUAAUCAAUAUUCAGUUUACUUUCUUUGGCUCUUAGUUGCGCGGGAAAAAACUGCUACCUGUUUAUAGCUGUUGUUUUAGACGCCUUUCAACUAACACGGGCAUUAGAUCAACGCUAAUCCGCGUUAUAAAUUUACCCUUCACUGAGUUCUUCACUGCUUUCAAAUUUACCUCUACUCCUAAUUUUUUUAGCCACUCUACUCCGCGACUAAUGGAGUCAACUAGUAAGUAGUGCUCGCUAAAUUGUUACUAAAGCUAUUACUGAAUUGCAUGCCAUAUCCCUUAUUGGUUAUGCGGUGUUAAAUUCACACAUGAAGUUUUCUACAGAGCCUGAUAUCAUUAGAAAACGUCCUGUAACUUCGCUACUAAAGCUAGUAAGGACUAACUACAAGAGCAUUUACUGAAAGAACCAACACAGAACUUAAACGAUUGAAUUUCAUCCUGAAACGCCACUAUUUUUAGCCCUCAAGGCUGGUAUCUUUAAGUGUCGUAAUCGAAGAAGCGAUAAAAAGAGGCCAUCUGACAAGUGGUUUUUUUUUAUUAUUAUUUAAAGUAACACGUCUUAACAAAUUGCACGUAUCACAAAUUACAAAAAUUACAAUAACAAAGUACUCUGGUAUGGCUACUCCGAUACUACAAUGUACAUUACUUAUUUACAUCAGGUGUUAGUUACUUACAUUAGGAAAACGAAUAACAUGAAGUAAUUAAUUAAUUCUGACAGCACACAUUAGCUACAAUUAAAUUAAACAGGAUAAAAAGCAAGAAAUAAAAAU